GUUGUUUCAGGUCUUCAAAUAAGAAUUUCAAGUGGUGAGUGGAAGUAUGUUCCUUCAGUUCCCGGUGCAAUUAUAUGUAACAUAGGCGACACCCUCAAUUUCUGGAGUGGAGGAUACUUUAAGUCAACAAUUCACAGAGUAGUAAGACCUCCUCCUGAUCAGGUUGAUACACCACGAAUUGGAGUUUUCUAUUUUGUCCGUCCUGGAGAUAAUGCGAAAAUUGAAAUUGCUGAAUCUGCUGUUUUGAAAAAGUUAGGCUUAUACAGAAAAAUAGAGCCAAUUAUAGGAACGGAAUAUGUUCGUAGCAGAGUGAAAGAUUAUCAUCACAAGAAAGAGUAUUUAAAGCAAAACAAUGUUAAAUUUCGCGUAGGAGAAUUUGAAAUAGAUGAUGGAUUCGACUAA